AUGUUCGUCAUAGUUUUUGUGACUGUUCUUGUUCUAAUUGUCACGAAAACGACAUCAUCUACAAAUAGAGAUCCGCUAUUAUUUGGACCUGAACGAUUAUAUGAUUUUUUCUUUGUUAAAAAUGGUACUGUAUUUCAUCAAUUUAACCAUGGUGCAUAUGGCGGUACACCAAAAAUUGUUGUUGAUUCCCAAUAUAAAUAUGUUGAACAAAUUGAAUCAUCGAUUCGUGAUUGGAUGGAUGGUGCAACAGGAUAUCGUCAAUGUGUGACAUUAGCAAAACAACGUUUAGCAGAAAUGAUACAUAUAGCAAUUCAAUGGCCAGUCACUGGUCCAGAAUCAUUUAUUAAUCCAAUAACUGCUGCAUUAGAAGCUAAUGCUUCUACAAUAAAUAUUCGUAUUGCUAUAUUUAGUCAUGUCUCAGCAUAUCCAUCAGUAAUAUUACCUGUAAAGGAAUUAGUAGAAUUAUUUCAUCAAUAUAAUAUUCCAGUAAUUGUUGAUGGAGCACAUGCACUUGGAAAUAUUGAAAUUAAUAUUGAAGAUAUGUCAAAUGUUGAUUAUUAUUUUACCAAUACACAUAAAUGGUUAUAUUCAAGUAAAAGUAGUGCUAUACUUUAUGUUCGACAUGAUCAUCAACAUUUAUAUGUACCUGCACCAGCUAUUGUUGAUUCAGCAAUGAUUGAAGAUUUUGAAACAAGAUUUUUAUGGACAGGUACACGUGAUCGAACACCAUAUUGUGCUAUUUUAUCAGCAUUAGAUUAUCGACAAUCAUUAGGUGGUGAAGAACGUAUUAUGAAUUAUAAUCAUGAUUUAGCACAAUAUGGUGGUCGAUAUUUAUCACGUUUAUGGAAAACAAAAAUAUUAUCACCAGAGAAUAUGUAA